UAAAGCAUCUGAAAUUGCUUCCCUUCAAAGCUCUAUAAAAGGGGAAGAACAGAAAUUUGAAAGCAAUCCAUUUACUUGGGAAUUUGUUGCAAUUUUAUUUCAUCUCUGCACUUAGUUCCAUGAAAUUGAUCCAUUUCUUCAUUCUUUUGAUGAUCAUUUCAAAGGAUUUCAAUCAAAAGAUUUGAUCCUUCGCCAUUUUGCGAUGAACAUUUGAAGAACUUCGAUCGAACAACUUCUCCAAUUGUAGCAAUGAAAGGAUCAAAUCACACACUGCGGAAAUCGGCGUUUCUUCAAAGAUCUUCGAUUUGGGUCAGUGGAAUUGAUGAGAAAUUCCAAUAUCGACAAUGACUUUCAAAGAACAAGACUCAAGAAAGAAGUCCUUCAUUAGAAAAAUAUUUGCCAUGGGAGAAAGAAAUGGGAAGAGAGAGUUCAAAGGUUCAUUUGAGUCCACUGGAAAGGGCUUAGAAUCGAUUUCCGAUCUAGAGCUAGAUAGUGCAUUCUUAGGCAGCACGGAUUCUCUAAUGAGUCGUGAUCAAGAAGAAGUUCAAUCCUUCCGUGUUUUUGUUGCAACGUGGAAUGUUGGAGGAAAAUCUCCCCAUACUAACCUCAAUCUGAACGAUUUUAUUAAGAACGACGAUAGCGCUGAUAUUUACAUAUUCGGAUUUCAGGAAAUUGUGCCUCUAAAUGCUGGAAAUGUUCUCGUUAUUGAAGACAAUGAGCCUGCUGCAAGAUGGCUAUCCUUAAUUAACCAAUCAUUGAACAAUCCAAUAAAUGGCUGCUCAAGAGGACCGAAACCUGCCACUGGUUUUAGCGGUUCUAAAUUCUUUCCAAAACCUUCUCUUAAAAGCAUCAGUAAAACUUUCAGGACUGUAAGUAGAAGGAAGCUAAAAAGUUGCAAUUGUACGCCACUGGAACUUGAAAGGAAACGCAGUAAGGAUUUCUGGUUUCGGUGCCAACCAUCACAUGUGAGUGAAAAUGGUAUUUCUUCAGAAGAAGAUGAAGAGGAGGAUCCAAGCGUCUUUGAUAUUUCAGAGAUUUCCAUUCCUGAAAGCGGUAACGAGAUGAAGUAUGGUCUCAUUGCAAGUAAACAAAUGGUUGGCAUUUUUGUCACAAUUUGGAUGAGGAAGGAGCUUGUUCCAUAUGUUAGCCACUUACGAAUUGCAAGUACCAGUCGUGGAAUCAUGGGAUGCCUCGGCAACAAGGGGUGCAUUUCAGUGAGCAUGUUAAUUCACCAGACAAGCUUUUGCUUCAUCUGCAGCCACUUAGCUUCAGGAGAGAAAGAAGGGGAUGAACUCCGGAGAAAUUUGGAUGUCAUAGAAAUUCUUAAGAACACUCAGUUUCCAAAAAUAUGCAGAACACCUGACGGUCGAAUGCCAGAGAAAAUCCUUGGACACAAACGAAUAAUAUGGUUAGGAGAUUUGAACUAUCGGAUAGCUUUGAGCUACUCGGAUACUCGAAGGCUUAUGGAAGCAAAUCACUGGGAUGAACUUCUUAACAAAGAUCAGCUAAAGAUCGAAAGGGAUGCAGGGCGAGUGUUCUAUGGAUGGAAAGAGGGAACAAUUUACUUCGCCCCCACGUAUAAAUACUACUACAACUCCGACACGUACGCCGGGGACUUGAAAAAAUCGAAAAAGAAGAGAAGAACACCAGCUUGGUGUGACAGAAUUUUAUGGCACGGUGACGGCAUACGACAACUUUAUUACAUUCGUGGGGAGUCCCAAUUCUCCGAUCACCGCCCCGUUUGUGCAACAUUCUUAGUCGACGUCACGGUCGUCGAAGGAGGGGCAAAGAAGAAAAUGCCUGGCUCCAACAUGAAAGUUGGAGCUGAAGAAAUACUAUCAACAAACAGUAGUUACUACUACCCCUAAAUGUAAGUAGUCUCAAUUUGUUGGGUUAUGAAUUUCCUUUUCAAACACAUUGCACUCUUCCUUACUUUUACUUACAUCCAUCAGGUCCUAAACGCUCAGUAGUUUAUUCUAACCAUUCAUCCCAAGAACACAAUGAUUCGUCGAAGUAUUUCCCGACACCGAAACUAGUUGUAGAGAUCGUAACAAAACCAGCAAGUUGAGUUAUAUUAGUAGAUCUCUCUAUAACUUUCUUAAGUCUAUCAUCUUAUGAUGAUGAUGAUCAUCAAAUCAUCAAAUCAUCAGCCAUGGAUGCAGACUGUUGCUUAUAGGUGCAUCACAUCAGAUUGUAGCCAAUUGGCAACCUGAAAAGGGGAAGAAUAGUUUAGGUAAAGGAAAGAUUGAUUUAUUUGAAUGUAGCUCUCAGUCAAACAUAGAGAGGAAAAGUGAUAGUUUUUUAAGCACUGUGCAGAUUGGUAGCAGUAGCAUUUUUGUCAAGGAGUAUAGAACAAAUUUCUUUUGCUAUUUUGAUCACGUGCAUGACCACGUGAUGGCAGGUGAACAAAUUAUUGUAUAAUUAGCAAGAACUCCUCUCUCAAGUCUUGAUUUUGCUUUGGAAAUUGGAAGUUCCUUAAGUCAAACAUA